AUGAUCGGAACAGCCCGGCCUCGGGCGGUGUACAGCUUAACAGAGUCCAUCCCUGUCCGGACCAUUUGGGUCUACCGUAACGGGGAUCCAUUCUACCUGGCGAGGAAGUUUAUCAUCAACCCUCGACACGUGCCCAACUUUGAAGCCUUCAUGAUCCAGCUGAAUGAAGGGGUGCCAACCCCCUUUGGGGUGCGGAAGCUCUAUACCCCCCUGCAAGGGCAUACCAUCACAGACCUCCCGGAGCUGCAGCAGGGAGGGAGAUAUGUGGUGGCUGGCAGGGAGAAGUUUAGGAAACUAAAUUACUCAGAUAUAGGGACAAAGAAACCUGAAACGAAGAAGAGGGAUGAGGUGAUUCGACCAGUAGUCCAUAGUAAUAUAAAAGUUCCUUCCAAAUGGCAAUCAAUUUAUAAUAAACCAAGAAAUAUUAAUGUUUUCACAAAUGGAGAUCUCUUCAUAUCACCCAUGAAAAUCCUUAUACCUAGAUUUACACUAAAUAAUUGGAACAGUGUCCUCGCCCUUGUAAAUGAAAAAGUAUUUCCUCGCUCUGGGUGUAUUAAUAGAUUGUUUACUUUAAAUGGUCAGCCUAUACAUGGACCUGAUCAAUUAGAAGAUAACCAAUUUUAUGUUGCAUGUGGCAAAGAAAGAUUUCUGCGUUUGCCAUACUGGCAACAUCCUAAAGUUCCAGAAAAUAUUCGUCGGUCCUACUUGAUGUCACCCAAAAAUUUCUUUUCUUCAGAUGAAGAAUAUUUGCCCACUAAAAAAAAACACAGCCCUCCUAUAGAAGCACCUAAGCAAAGCGAUCGCAAUGUGACCCCCAUAGAAGUAUCAAGACAAGGAGGAGGAGACAGGAACUCCGUCUAUUAUGCCAAAUCAAAUAAAGCAAGUCAAGGAAGACAGGCUCCUAGACCUGAGUCCCCCAGCGAUGAGCAUAGUGUCUAUAUAGCUCAUAAAUCCCCAACAGAAAUUGAAGGAGCUCGUGAGAUUCAAGAAGACAAAAAUGUCAAAGUGGAAAUACCCAUUGAUCAGGACUACUAA